GCAAGCCACAAGCCUGCACUCCUAUCUUCCUCAGAUAAGCCCCCUCCCUUGACUUAUACUCACCACCAUCCCCUCUUUUGCUUCCAAGCUCAGUUGAAUAUGGCCUCCGUGUGUGCUCCCUCCUCCGCUGUCGCCGCUGUAGCCAUCUCUUCAGCAAAUGCUCAGAAGAGUGGGAACGGGCUCAGUGCAACAAAAGCAUCUUUCCUGGUUGGAAGGAGACUGAGGCAAAGUAAGGCGGUGGCCGCCGCCCCACGGCCAUCUUUCUCAGUGUCAGCCGAGGCAAUUGAGAGGCCGCUUUGGUUCCCAGGAAGCACUCCACCUCCUUGGCUUGAUGGAAGCCUUCCAGGUGACUUUGGGUUCGAUCCACUUGGCCUCGGGUCGGACCCGGAGAGCUUAAGAUGGAAUGUGCAGUCAGAGCUGGUGCACUGUCGAUGGGCGAUGCUAGGCGCCGCUGGCAUCUUCAUUCCCGAGUUUCUUACUAAGUUAGGCAUCCUUAACACACCAUCUUGGUACUCGGCCGGCGAGCUGGACUACUUCACCGACACCACUACCCUCUUCAUCAUCGAACUUAUUCUUAUUGGCUGGGCCGAAGGCCGUCGUUGGGCUGACAUCAUUAAGCCCGGCUGCGUCAACACGGACCCCAUUUUCCCCAACAACAAGCUCACCGGCACUGAUGUGGGUUAUCCGGGCGGGCUCUGGUUUGACCCACUGGGCUGGGGCAGCGGUUCGCCUGAGAAAGUCAAAGAACUGAGGACCAAAGAGAUAAAAAACGGACGUCUCGCUAUGCUUGCUGUUAUUGGCGCGUGGUUCCAACACAUCUACACCGGCACCGGUCCAAUUGACAAUCUCUUCGCUCACCUCGCCGACCCAGGCCACGCAACCAUCUUCGCUGCUUUCACUCCAAAAUGAGGAGGAUAUGGAAAGGAAGGUUGGCUUUGGGGCUCAUACGAACUCAUGCUUGAAAGAUGUUUUAUUGCUGGGAUUUUAGCUUUUUGAGUCUGUUUACCGCACUGCUAGUAGUUUUUAAUUUGAAAGAUGAUUUGUUGCUGGGAUUUUAGCUUUUUUGAGUCUGUUUACUGGACUGCUAGUAGUUUUUAAUUUGUCAAGUAGUUUUAAAGUAACUUGAGGGAUAAUUUACUGUGUACAAAUUAUUUCUAUGUGCUGUGAAACAUUCAGUGUUUGGGUACUUGAUAUAAAGCCGUAAGAAAAUUACCUCAA